GACGUCACCUUGGCAACCGGUGUAAGGAGGCCGCAGGCUCGAAGCGAUGGGGAAUUAUUGAUUGAUUAGGAUGGUUGCACCUCCUUCUGCCUCGGGAUGGUUUAAUUCGUGAACUCCAAGACCCUACGCACUAAGUGGCUUUUAUACCAUGCCAGGGUUCGGACCAUGGCCGUGCUUUCCCAGAAACAGAAGAGGUUGCUGCGUUACGUGGAGGAGGGCAGCAUCCCAAAGCUGAAGUCCUAUCUCCGCAAGCACCGGCUGCUGCCAGUGUCGUUUACCGGGCGGAAAGGCCGCACCCCACUGCACGUGGCCUGCGUACGGAGGGAGGGCGCAGCCGCACGUCUGCUGCUGAGGCAUGGAGCUGACCCGAUGAUCCAAGACCAGAGAGGAAAUACUCCACUGCACCUGGCAGCCAGGGAGGCUGUGAGGAAGGGAAAGAGAGUGUUUGAGCAUCUCGUGGAGCCUUUGAAGAAGCAUUGCCCAGCUGCCAUGGAUGUGUUAAAUGAGGAUGGGCUCACUCCAAGAGAAAUACUCAAAUUAAUGAUGACGUAUCAGCAGGACCCUGGAACAAAAGUAGUUGAGGCAAGUGACAACCUAGUGCAAGGGGAAGAGGAGGCGUAUGACACACUGAAGGACAUUGCUGACAGGGAGUGGUAUUGCAAGCUGUUUGGUGAAUGUGAGGAUGAAUUCUACCAGAACUGCGGUCGUUACGAAGAGGAUUACUCCCUGCCAGAUGCUGAGCCGCAGACGUAUGACGAGUGGGCCGACCGACUGGCGAGAGAGUAUGCGGCAAAGCGGGCCCAAGCAAAGGGCAGCCAGAGGCGGAGGCCCCAAAUGGAGCAGGAUGGGGGUCUGCAGCGGCGGCUGGAGGAGGAGCAUCAGCGCUAUCUGGAACGGGGCGCCCGAAAGGCAGAAGAGCUGGCAGGCAGCCGCAAGCAGCGCUACGAGCAAGGUUGCGCCGAGGUGUUCAGCGGGGCGGGGGGCAACCUGCUCGCCUAUUCCGACAUCCCCUGGCCCGACCCACGGGGGACGGUAGAUGACAUGGUGGGGGUGAUCCUCCACGGGGUGGACCGGAGCCAGCCGGGCACCUUCCGUCGCUACCUGAGGCAGCAGCAGGUGGUCUGGCACCCUGAUCGCUUCACACAGAGGUGCGGAGGUCGGCUGCUGGAGGCCGACCGACAGCGGGUCUUCGACACUGUGGUGGCCCUCUCACAGGCUCUCAACAGGCUAGCCGACAGCAUCCGCUAAUACCAUCAACCCCCUCUUCCCAUUCCCCAUCUCUCCAUCAUGGAACAGGAGCUUCGCUGCUGUUGUGUUUUCAUCAGCCAAGGAUGUCGUGUUUCAUUGGGCCAAACUUAGUCAUUAGGUUGUUCAAAGCAUGAACGGCCCAUCUCAUCCAUGCCAGGGUUCCUAUCUACUUCCAGGCUGCCUGAGUCCUACAUCCCUUUCCUAUCCAACCCUUCCCCCCCCCCCCCAUCAGCUACAGGAACUGCUGCCUCAGGAAGGUGGCAUUAUUCAUCAAAGAUGUCCCAUUUAGAGGGCCACCCUGUUGCCGUUGGGCUGAGGUACAGAAGCCUAAAGUGCCACCCCACCAGUUUCAGGAACAGCUACAAUCGUCAGGUUCUUGAACUGAACAGCGCAACCCAAACCCUAACUUCAGCAAUAGCCUCUUGCAAUACCAUGGACUUGUCUGAUUGUGGUUCCUUCACACCAAGGACUUGGUCUGGACAGUUAUUCCUAUAUUGUACAACUUGUAUUCUGUGUUUUACCUGAACCUACAUAUCUGUGAUGUGGCUGAAGUUUUUCCAUUGCACUGUACCUGACAAUAUGCUUGACUACUUGUCAAAUGCCUUUUAACUGUUGUAAUUGUAUGUGCUGUCCACCAUCUCUUCUGACAUCUUGUUACAGAUAUUCAGCACCCUCUGUGUGGAAAUAUCUACCCCUCAGAUCUUUUAAAUUUCUCCCCUCUCACCUUAAUACUACGCCCUCUAGUUAUGGUCUUCACUGUGCUAAAGACUUUUUAUCCUAGCUAUGCCCCUAAUAAUAUUAUAAACCUCUAUAAGUUCAUUCUUCAACCUUCACCAUUGCUAUGGAUAUAAACCCGGCCUAUCCAGUGUCUCCCUUUAACUGAAGCCAAGCAACUUUGUGAUGGAUCUCAGAGACAUGACACAACCAAUGCUGGAAUCUGGAGGAACAAAAUGGGCCAAACAGCAUCUGUGGAGGAAAGAAAUUGUCAAGGUCUUCAAGUUACAGCUUUGACAAUUCUGUUCCCCCACAGAUGCCACUCAACCUGGUCAAAUCUCCUAUAAGCAGGUUUAUUUGUUACCCUGAUUAAUAUCUUCUGCAUUGUCUCUAUUGCUACUAAAUCUACCCUGGUGCAUGGUGACAGUAGUUCGAUAGUAAACAAUGUCUUAUUCCAGACUGCCGCAGCUCUUACCACCCUCUUCCUAGUUACGAGAUGCCAUGCAAUUAAGGAAAAAAUAAUUUCACCUUCCCCUGAGUUUUUGGUUCAUUAGAUUUUCUUUCAGGCUGCUUUCUGGGAUGUGACUGAUUUGUUCAUUCUGACCUCCAAAGUCUACUGUUCCCAAGAAAAGUGGGAGGAAGCUCAUGGUACCAGAGUCUCAGGGGAGGGUUGGAGGGGAAGAAAUGGGAAUUUCUUGUUUCUUCUGAUCCCGUAGAAAAUAAAAGUCCCUGUUAAUGAACAUCGAAUUCUCCAACUUCCGGUAAUUCCCUCCCUCUCCCUUCCCCCAUCCCACCUUCACUCUGUCUCCUCUUCUAGUUGCCUAUCACCUCUCACAUGAUUCUGCCUUCUUCUACUACCCAUAGUGCUUUCCCCUUAGAUUCUUUCUCCUGCCUUUCCCCUCCCCCACCCC